AUGCUCGCGUUUCUCCCCUGUGAAGUCCUCCUUAUCAUCGCCGACUUCCUCGCCCCUCCCGACCUCGCCUCACUCCUGCGCGUCAACUCGCACUUCCACGCCACCUUCGUGCAACCCUUGUAUGCCUCCGUCCCGGCCGUCCGUCACGGCGCUCCAGACCUCUACCCUCCCCUCUCAAACCCGGCCUACGCCCGGCACGUCCGGAGUCUGACUGUCCGCCCCCACCUGACAGAGGUCUGUGCGGCCUCCUCCUCCCCGGAACCUGAACUCCAUUUACGCCAAGUACGACUCCACUUGAUACCCCCGAUCACGAACCCGGAGUUUCUCCUGCACACCGUGAUACCGCCCGACCUCUCGCUGAUGACGGAACCGCCGUGUGGCUUUCUGGCUCAUGUGCGGGCAGAGCGGCUGGUGAUAAUGGAGACGUACAUGGACGCAGGCUGUCUGGGAUAUCUGGCACCGUGGCUCGACGACAUCGAGGACGUGGUACUCUUCCUUCUACCGGUACAGAACCUGACGGCCGUUGGGGGCGUGGAGCCAAGGAAGGACGCUGCAACGGAUCUCGCCGAGAUCAUGGCACAUGUUUCCAAGGCAGUCAAACGCUUGACGGUCGUGGUGCAGCAUCCCGUGUCGAGUCCUAGAUUCACCUUUCCCCCAAUCGAGAACUACGCUCGCCACCUUUUGAAGAGUCCGCAGGAGUUGGUCCGUGGAGUCGUGGACGUGCUCGAGGAUCUACGGCACCUUCCCCCAGCGACCGAGGGAGGACUAGAGUGUCUAACAAUCGUGCUGCCUGAGGGCGUGCUCUCGUCCGAAUGUCGAGAGCACCUUCUACAGACCAUUCGGCCUCGACCUGGGAGUGCAAGGAUACUGGGCAUGCUCGAGUUCAUGGCUCGUCCAGAGUAUCAGGGCGUGAUGACGGAUGAGCAACUGAGGAUUUGGUGGGAACGGUCGAGACUGCCGCACUACGAGAUGACCGUCAAGGAGGUGAAGGAGUGUAUCCAUUGA